AUGGCGGAAGUCUCGAAUCCGCGCCGAUUGCUGGCCGUCUCGCUGGCCGAGUCGACGCAGCAUCUCAGCAGAGUAAUCAAAGACCUCACCGGCGCCGUACCGGAACCAGCCUCAACAUCCCUGGCCGGCACGACGCAUCUCCUCGACAUCAAGACGAGCUACUACACCGCCCAGGUGCCCAUCUGGCUGGACCUGAUCACCUCGCCCGCCGAGUGGUCCGCCUCCUUCCUGUCUCCCGAGGCGAAGGAGGUCCUUUCCGUGUUGGGAGGUCUGGCAGUCAUCUUCGCCCUGCCGCCGCCUUCUUCUUCUUCCACGACAACAGCAGCAGCACCAUCAUCAUCAUCACCGCCACCAGCCGCAGCCGCAGCAGCAGCUCCCGCGCCGCCGCCCACCGCGGACGAAACCCGCGCGCUCAUAUCGGAAGUCGGCAAGGUCGUGCGCGAGGGGCUUGGCGGGUGGGCGUGGGACGGCGUCGGGCUGGGCAUCGGCGUCGGCGAGGGCGAUGCGGAGGAGUGGGAGGAGCUGUGCGCCGAGUGGGGGCUGGAGUUUGUGCAGGUGCGCGGGGGCAAGAAGGAUGACGGGCGGAACGAGUUUGGAGAAAAAAUGGGCAUCCCACGAGUUCUCGAGGCGCUGGAGUCAAACGACUGGGCCGCUGACGCCGGGCCGGACGUCGACUCGGACCUUGAGGACGUCGAGGCGGAGAUGGCGGGCCUGCCGCGCAAACCCAGACCACUCGCUGACGGGGACGACGACGAGUUCGACUUCGACCCGGAGAGUCUCGAUUUCGGGUUCGACAGGGCUGAUUUUGAGGGGCUGAAGAAGGCAAUCUGGAAUCUGGAGCUGGAGCAGCAACAAGCCGAUGACGAGGGUGAGGGCAAGGAUGGUGACAGGAAGAAGGAUAGCGAUGGUGCAAAUAAUGCGACGAAAAAGGAGGCGGACGACGAGGAGGAGCAGCUUGAUGCCGAGGAAAUUGAGAAGCUGGAGGGGAUGAUGCGCAAGUUGCAGGCUGUCAGGGAUAUGAGCGCGGGGUUGCCUGAGGAGCAGAAGAGGAAGAUGGCAAAGAAGGCUGUGAGUGAGGUGAUGAAGGAGUUGUGA